CGGUUGGUUCUUGGGGGCUUGUCCUUUCGUCUCUCCGUUCGUUGGUUGCCUGCCCCAGUCCUCUUCCCUCCCUGAUUGUUUGUGCUUCGAUUUCGAUCCAUCCAUCUACCCCCCAACCCACUCUGAUUCCACGAAUUUACAUUCCCCUCUUUCCCUGAUUCACGUCUUCCUUCGCAUAUGUAUCUCUCCCCCUGAUAUGAUUACUCUCCUGUUCUCAUCUUCCCUCCUCCAAAAAAGGACAAUUCCCUUUCACCUUCUCAUUCUCCCUUCAUGAACUUGAUGACUUUGUCCCGGAAACGACUUCUCUUUCUUGUUCCAAUCACCUUCGGUUCUACCCCACUGUUUUGCCUUUCGUACAUGUUAAAGGCCUUUUUUUGCUACCCUCAUCUGUCUCUUUGUACCUUGUUCAUUCUUUCCAUGACAUUUACCACCUUUCUUCCCUGGGAUUGUUUCAUUGUAACUUUUUCUUUCCCUUUUCAUUCCAACCAUAACCACCAUCCACGCGCACACACAUUACACACAUACAGAUACACAGCAGCAUGGCAAUGGCAGUGUUCGCUUGAACUUCCAUCUUUCUUUCUAUACACUUUUUCGACUUUCUUUCCCGUGUGCGAUUUUUUUUUUACUUCCCCAAUUUCCAUUUUUCCCUCUCCGCCUUCUUCAUCCCCACAACCUGACGCACUGACUUUUUUCUUAUGACGAGCAGCGCGAUGUGUAUCAUACGUGUUGUAGCAUACCCCCCAACUCUUGUUUCUCGUG